AUGAUUUUAUCAUUGCUUUUAAUUAGUAUUCUUAAGGUUUUAGCUUCACAUGACCCAGGAUGUUAUUAUCAUACUUUCAUGGUUCGUUGUAAUACUGGGUGUUACAAAAAUGGUCGUUUUUGUAAAAGGUGUGACUCAACGUGUUUUGAUUGUAUGUUCCAAUCUGACUUUUGUAGUGAGUGUAAUGGAACAAAGUAUUUAGUAAAUAAUGAAUGUAAAGAAUGUUCAACAACAUUUGGAAAAAAUUGUCGAAAAUGUGAUGAAGAGAGUGGAUGUACUGAUUGUCCAAGUGGAAAUCAAAUGAACUCAAAAAUAUGUCAACCAUGUAAUAAUUUUGAUCCAAAUUGUUUACUCUGUUCAAAUAAUCAAUGUCAAUCGUGUUCUAAUGGAUUUUAUAUAGCUAAUAAUGGGAAAUGUAAUUCAUGUUUAAAAAAUACAGCUACUUUGGGAAAUAAUUGUCUUGAAUGUACAUCAAAUAUGUGUUAUAAAUGUUCAAAUGGGUCAUCAGGACAAUAUACAUUACUUGGAGGAAAAUGUGUUAUAUGUUCUGAGAAAUAUUCACAUUGUAAACAAUGUAACGAUAAUCAAUGUUUGAGUUGUGAAGAAAAUACAGGGUAUUAUUAUUCAAAUGGAGAAUGUAAACAAUGUUCUUCUCAUUGUCUUUCUUGUUCUAAUUCAAAUACUUGUACUAAAUGUCAAGAUGGAUAUUAUUUGUCAGGUAAGAAAUGUGUUUCAUGUUCAACAAGAAAUUGUAAAUUAUGUGAUGCAAAUUCUUGUUUUUCUUGUUUAGAAAAUUCAUAUUUAUCAAACGGAAUUUGUACGACUUGUCAAAAUAAAUAUCCAUUAUGUCUUCAAUGUUCUUGGACAACAACAUCAACUUCAUGUGUGUUAUGUUCACCUGGAUAUUGGUUUAAUGGAAAUUCAUGUGUUAAAUGUAAUGACAAUUGUGGAAUAGAAGGGUGUGUUAGUUCAUCUCAAUGUAUUAAUUGUAAAGAAGGGUAUAUAUUUGAUCGUAAUAAUAAUUGUGUUGAUGCAAAAUCUGAACAUUGUGAGAAAGCAUCAAAUAGUUAUUGUUUGAAAUGUAACGAUGAUCGUGUAUUAAUUGAAAAUCGAUGUUAUCCAAUAAUAAAUCAAAAUCCAUGUCAUGAAGUUUUAAUAAAUGGAAGAUGUAUAAAUCAUGGUGAUAUUCGAUGUGAAAAAUAUAUAACAAAUAAAUGUACAACAUGUACUUCUAAUUAUUAUUUAAAAAAUGAUAUUUGUGUAUUAAAAGAUCAAUAUAUUGAUAAUUGUUCUGUUGUUACAACAUCAACAACAGGACAACCAAUUUGUAAAGCAUGUAGAACAGGAUAUUAUCCAGAUGGUGAUUGUAAAAAAUGUACAACAAUAACAGGAUGUUCUAAAUGUAUUAAUACACUUACAACAGAAGAAUCAAUUAGAACAUGUACUGAAUGUUUAGGUGGAUAUUACUUUGAAAAUUCAUUAUGUCAUAAGAUUCAAAAUUGUGUUGAAAAUUCAGGAGUAGAAUGUACAAAAUGUUAUAUUAAUUAUUAUAUUAAUAAUGGUGUUUGUAGUAGAUAUGAACAACAACUUGGUUGUCUUUCUGCUAAUGGAAUUACUUGUACAAGUUGUAAAGAAGGAUUUUAUUUAGAUGAAACAACAAAUAUUUGUAAAGUAUGUACUAUUCCAUAUUGUGAAACAUGUAAUAGAAAUGGAUAUUGUCAACAAUGUAUUAAAAAUUAUACAUUAUCUUCAAAUUCAUGUACAUCAUGUAAUAUAGAAGGAUGUGGAUUAUGUUCAAGUACUGAUACUAAAUGUUUAAAAUGUGAUAUAUGGGAUUAUAAAGAAUCAGAAACAUGUAAGAAAUGUGAUUUAAAAGUGAGUAAUUGUUGGGAAUGUGAUGAGACAGGAAUAUGUUUAAGUUGUAAAUCUGGAUAUUAUUUAGAAACAAAUAAAACAUGUCAAUCUUGUGAUAAGAUUGAUAAUUGUAUAAGUUGCUCUUCAUCACAAAAAUAUUGUUUGGGAUGUCAAAAAACUCAUUACUUAGAAGAUGGAAAAUGUAUUUCAUGUAAUAAUUCAAUUCCUAAUUGUAAAGAAUGUACUUCUAAAGGAACAUGUUAUUCAUGUAUUGAAGGAUAUUAUUAUGAAAAUGGAAAAUGUAAUCCAUGUAGUAAUAUACCAGGAUGUUCAAAAUGUCUUGGAAAUGAGAAAGUAUGUUAUAAAUGUCAAGAGUAUUAUAAACAAAUAAUAAAUGAAGAACAAAAUGGAUAUGAAUGUAAACCAUGUAUAUUAGGUACAUUACAUUGUCAAAAUUGUUCAAUUAAUGGAAAUUGUUCAAUAUGUGAAACAUCAUAUACAUUAACACCUUCAUUUGAAUGUGAAUUAUGUACAAAAGCAAUAAAUAAUUGUGUAUCAUGUUCAACAACAACCUUUGAAUGUAAUAAAUGUGGAAUUAAGUAUGGAUUAAAAACAAAAACAAAAUGUGAAUUAUGUUUAACAUUAACAAAUAAUUCAUGUAUUGAUUGUAGUGAUUCUACUCAUUGUACAACAUGUUCAACAAAUUAUUAUUUAAAUGAAGAGAAAUGUAUUUCAUGUACAACAAAAGAACAUUGUAAAACAUGUCAUCAAGAUGGAACAGUAAUUGAAUGUGAAGAAGGUUAUUAUCCAAAUGGAAAAAUAUGUUCACCAUGUUCAAAUAUUAAUGAAAAUUGUACUACAUGUUCAAGAACAAGUGCUCUGUGUACAGGAUGUAAAACAACACAUUAUUUAACAACAACAAAUAAAUGUAUUUCUUGUACUACAAUUAAUUCAAAUUGUGAAAUGUGUUUAAAUAAUAAAUGUUUAAAAUGUAAAUAUGGAACAUAUCCACUUGGAAAAGAAUGUUUUCAAUGUAAUACAAUUACUAAUUGUACUGAUUGUAAUCAAAUGGAAGCAAAAUGUACAAAAUGUAAUGUUGGAGUAGUUAAUUCAGAUGGAGAAUGUUCAAAAUGUAAAAUAGCACAUUGUGGACAAUGUUCAGAUAUAGAAAAAUGUGAGAAAUGUUCUAUUAAUUAUUAUUUAAAAGGAAAUAAAUGUUAUAAAUGUUCAGAUAUUAAUGAAUGUAUAUUAUGUUCAUCAACAGAAGAGAAAUGUACAUUAUGUAAUGAAGGUUAUUAUGUAAAAGAAGGGAAAUGUAAAGAAUGUAAUAGUGUUUUAUCAAAUUGUAAUAAAUGUUUAAAUGAAAGUAUUUGUACUGAAUGUGUUGAAGGACAUUAUUUAAAAGAAACAAAAUGUUUAAAAUGUUCAACAAAAGAACAUUGUAAAAUUUGUUCAACAACAACAAAUACAUGUUCUGUUUGUGAAGAAGAAUAUUAUUCAAAAGAAGAUAAAUGUAUAAAAUGUAGUGAUAGUAUUAGUAAUUGUACUCAAUGUCAAAAUGAAGGAAAUCAAUUAAUAUGUACAAAAUGUAAUGAUGGAGCAAUUCUUAAAGAAGGAAAAUGUAUUGGAAUUUCAUUAAAUUCAUAUAAAUCAAGUGAACAAACAUAUAGUUUAUGUGAUUUAACAAUACCAAAUUGUAUAACAUGUAAUUAUACAGAAACAGGAACAUUUGAUAUAAAUAAAUUAAUAUGUAUAAAUUGUUAUAAUGGAUUUGGAAUAUCAAAAGAUUUAAAAACAUGUAUUAAUUGUAAUGGAAUAUCAAAUAAACAAUCUAAAUGUAUAGAAUGUGAUACAAAUUGUAUAAAAUGUAUUAAUUCUAGUUAUUGUAUUAAUUGUAAAGAAGGAUAUUAUUUAAGAAAUGGAAUAUGUAAACAAAUUAUUAAUAAAGAACAAUGUAAAAAUGAAGAAUUAAAUAUUGGAUGUGUUCAAUGUUUUAAUUCAAUUUCUGAUUCAAUAGGAUGUUCAAAGUUAAAAAGAACAACAGAAAUAUCAUUUUAUUUAUUGAAUAAAACAGAAUAUAUUCCAAUGGGAUAUUAUCCAAUAUCAACACUAUCAACAAAAUUAAUGAAUAAUAUUCAAAAGAAAAAUAGAAUAAGAAUUACAACAACUAUAACUACUACUACAAAUUGUUUACUUUAUAAAUAUGGAAGAUGUGUUGCAUGUGAAAAUCACUUUAGUUUUGAUUCAAUAAAUAAUCCACCAAAAUGUUUAACAUGUUUACCAGAAUGUAAUGAAUGUAAUAAAAAAGAAAUAUGUCAAACAUGUCAAUUAAAAUAUAAUGAAAUGAAUGGGAAAUGUUUAGAAUAUUCAAAUGAAUGUAUUAAUAAAACAAAUAAUGUUUGUAGUAAAUGUAAAGAUGGAUAUUUUAUUUUAGAAGGAAAAUGUAAAAGAUGUGAAGAUAAACAAUGUAAAAUAUGUUUAAAAGGAGAAAAUGGAUGUAUAGAAUGUCAAGAAAAUUAUAUUUUAAUUAAUAAUGAAUGUAAAGAAAAAAGAGAAAUACAUUGUAAAACAAUUUCAAAGAAUAAAUGUAUUGAAUGUGAAUUUGGAUAUGAAUUAAUUAAUGAUGGAAGUUGUCAAAAAAUAACAACACCAACAAAUUGUUUAUAUUUAAAAGAAAGAAAUGAAUGUAGUAAAUGUAAUAAAUUAAAACUUGGAUAUGAUACUCUUGGAAAUAUUAUUUGUUCAAAUAAUUCAAUUAUUGAUGAAUGUACAAUUAUGACGACUUCAGGAUGUUCAAGAUGUUCUAUUGGAUUUUAUUUAAAUAAAGGAAAAUGUUUACAAUGUACUUCUAAUUGUAAAGAAUGUAUUUUAACAUCAACUAAUUGUACAACAUGUUAUACAGGAUAUACAUUAAAUACACUUACAAAUACAUGUAUAUCAGUAGGUGAUUUAAAAGAUAAAUGUAAAGUAUUUUUACCAAGUGAAGGAUGUGCUAUUUGUAAAGAUGGAUAUUAUUGGAAAGAUAAAAAUUGUUAUUUAUGUCAAGAAAAAUGUGAAACAUGUUAUAAAUCACCUGAACAUUGUUUAAGUUGUAAUUUUGAAAAAGGAUAUUAUUUAGCAGAAUCAAAUGAAGGAAAUAUUAAAUGUUUACAUAAUUCUACAUUAUUAAAUUGUUUAGUAAUGAAUAAAUAUGGAUGUGAAAUUUGUAAUGAAGGAUAUUAUAAUUUUAAUAAAAAAUGUUAUAAAUGUCAAGAAAAUUGUACAAAAUGUUCUAAUUCAAUUGAAUGUCUUUCAUGUGAUGAAGAAUUUAUAUUAAAAGAAGGAAAAUGUAUUAAUUUUAAAUUAUUAAAUAGAUGUAUUGAAAGUAAAAAUAAUAAAUGUAUAGAAUGUUUAGGAAAUAAUUAUGAAGUAUCAUUUGAUGGAACAGAAUGUAUUUAUCAUUUAAAUCUAUUUAUUAUAAUUGGUAUUCCAAUUAUAAUACUAUUUCUAUUUAUUAUUAUUUUUAUGUUUAGUUGUUUCUUAAUUAUAUUAAUAAUAAGAAAACAACAACAAAAAAAGAUUAAAGAAGCAACUAUUUGUGAAUUUAAUAUGAAUAAAUCAAAUAUUAAUUUUAUUGUUUUAAAUGAAGAAUGUGGUAUUGUAAUUAAUAAAAAAGAAAUUGAUUUUAGUCUUGAAAAAGAUGAUCCUUUUAUUCCUGUUAAUAAAGAAACAAGAGAUCUUAUUUGUAUUGGAAAUAAAAAAAGUAAAUUAUUAAAAAUUCAAUUUUCUACUAAAGAUCAAUUAGAUAAAUAUGAAAUUAGAACUAAUCCACAAUUAAUUACAUUAAAAAAAGGAAAAGCUGUUGAAUUUGAAAUUUUUAUUAAACCAUUAUGUACUUGUUCUUUAAAUGAAUCAAUUCUUCUUGUUGCUUUAGAUAUGAAAAAAGGUAAACAAUUUGAUUGUAAAAUUAAUUUAAAUAUUAAAACUGAAAUUACUAGUCAUUUAGAUUAUGAUGAAUUAAAAGAAGAAAAACAAAUUGGAGAAGGUUCAUUUGGAGUUGUUUAUAAAGGAACAUUUAGAGGAAAAACAGUUGCAAUAAAAAAAAUGAAACAAAAUGGAAUAAAUUCAAAUGAAAUAAAAGAAUUUGAGAAAGAAGUAGCGAUGUUAGAUAAAUUUAGAAAUGAAUAUCUUGUUCAUUUUUAUGGAGCAGUUUUUAUUCCAAAUAAAAUUUGUAUGGUAAAUGAAUUUUGUCCUUAUGGUAGUAUUCAAGACUUAAUUAAUAAAAAUCCAAAUGGUUGUUUAUCUUUAAAAUUAAAAAUUAAAUUUAUUAUUGAUGGUGCAAAAGGAAUUGAAUAUCUUCAUGGAAAUGGUAUUUUACAUCGUGAUAUUAAACCUGAUAACUUUUUAGUUACUUCAAUUGAUGAUAAUGUUCUUAUUAAUUGUAAAUUAACUGAUUUUGGUGCUUCUAGAAAUGUAAAUCAAUUAAUGACUAAUAUGACUUUUACUAAAGGUAUUGGAACUCCUGCUUAUAUGGCACCAGAAGUAUUAGAUAAAAAACAUUAUAAAUAUCCUGCUGAUAUUUAUUCAUUUGCAAUUACAAUGUAUGAAAUUAUGAAAUGGGGUCCUGCGUAUGAUAAAACUACAUUUAAAUAUCCAUGGUCUAUUGCAGAUUUUGUUACUAAAGGAAAUCGUUUACCAAUUAUCUCUCAAAUACCUGAUUGGUUAUAUCUUAUCAUUACAAAUUGUUGGAAUCCUAUUUCAGCAAAAAGAUUGUCAAUAUCAAAACUUAUUAAUGAAUUAUCAAUUCAUUUAAAUACAAAUGAAUAA